AUGAACCGUCAUCUCUCUUCAACUUAUUGCGCAACCGUUUAUCAAGGAAGUGGCGUGGAAGUUCUGCGUGAUUUCAGUUGGAGCGCUAAAUUGGUUGGUGAUUGUGAUACAGCACUCGGGAAUCUCAGACCUAUAGUUGUGCUUACGUUACAUUUUAUUGAAGGUGUCACCAAAACAUACGAAUUUACUGUGGAAGAAAAAUCCUUCAGAAAUUUAAUUAGAAAAUGUAUCCAAAAUUACCACCGGGAUAUAUUACGAAGUCAACCGCCAUUAUCCUCUCAUCUUCCACGUUUCUGUAUGGAUUUAUGGAGUAUAUCACAGGAAAUGAAGUCUUUCAGCGGAAGCAAGUAA